AUGGCUAUCGAAUCCUCCUAUCCGGCCUUGAGCGCGAAUCUAGAUCUCCGGGGUGAACAGUUUCAAGCAAACAAAGAGAGCUGGACACCCGUGCUUGACACGUUCGAGAAAGCUCUAAAGCAAGUCUCCGCUGAAGGCAACGAUGUUUCUCUGCAAAGACAUCAAACCCGGGGCCAACUGCUGCCCAGGGACCGUGUCGCACUCUUGUUGGACCAGGACUCGCCAUUCUUGGAACUUGGAGUGUUUGCUGGGUAUCAAAAUGAGGAUUCGACUCCAUGCGCGAAUUUGAUUUCGGGCAUUGGAAACGUUUGUAGACGUCCUUGUCUGCUCAUGUCGCAUAUCCCAACACAAAGUGGUGGCGCCUGGAAUGAAAUGACAGUGUUGAAAGUUAACCGAAUGAUGGAAAUCGCUUUUGAGAAUGAUCUUCCUCUUAUCUCCCUGGUCCAAUCUGCUGGUGUCUUCCUGCCUCAGCAGUUUCGAGUCUUCCACAAGGGAGGUCAGCUGUUCCGCGACCUCGCUGUUCGCACGCAGCAUGGUAAGCCAUCAUGUGCAAUUGUGUUUGGAUCCUCAACCGCGGGCGGCGCAUAUCAUCCGGCCUUGUCGGACUACACAAUCUUCGUUGAGAAUCAGGCCCAGGCAUUCUUGGGUGGGCCGCCCCUUGUGAAGAUGGCUACAGGCGAGGCCAUUGGAGCAGAAGAGCUGGGAGGUGCUAAGGUGCAUGGCAUUACAACUGGACUUGCGGACCAGAUUGCAACUGAUGAAUUUGAUGCUAUUCAAAAAUCCCGAGAGUGGGUUGCUUCGCUGAAGAUGCGCAGCCCCCUACGACUCGAGUUGAUUGAACCACUUGCACCACGCUAUCCUGUUGAAGAUUUGUUUGCUCUCGUAAAUCCCGAUAUCCGCAAGCCAUUUGACAUGAGCGAAGUUCUUUUGCGCCUUGUGGAUGACUCUCGACUCUCUGUGUUUAAGCCCAAGUAUGGCCCAAAUAUCAUCACCGCCUGGGCUCACAUCAUGGGCUUCCCCGUGGGCAUUGUUGCAAAUCAGAUUUCUGUCAUCAACCCCAAUGAAGCCGCAAAAGCUGCCCAGUUCAUCCGAAUGUGCAACCAACAAAAUACCCCCAUCAUCUUUCUGCACAAUGUUACAGGGUUCAUGGUUGGGGCCAAGGCCGAGCACGCAGGAAUUAUCAAGAUGGGCGCCCAGCUUGUUUCUGCAGUGAGCUGCUCUACAGUGCCACAUAUCUCCGUCAUCCUCGGAGCAUCCUAUGGAGCGGGUAACUAUGCGAUGUGCGGCAAGGCCUACAAGCCACGCUUUUUGUUCACCUGGCCGACUGGUCGUUGCAGCGUUAUGGGCCCGGACCAGCUAUCCGGUGUGAUGGAGAGGGUACAGCAAGCAAGCGCCAAGUCUAAGGGACAGGCGCUGUCUCCGGAAAAGCUACAGAAGCAGGUGAAGAAGUUCAGGGAUCGGGUCCAGAGAGAUGCGGAAUGUUACUCGACCAGCUCGAUGCUUAUCGACGAUGGUAUUAUCGAUCCUCGGGAUACGCGCGACGUACUGGGAAUGUGUCUGGAAGUGGUGACUCUCCAUGGCGUGAAUGAUACGGAGUCUCAUAGAUUGCUUGCGAGAAUUUAG